AUCUAACCUCUAAGUCCAACCUACAAGCAAAACCUACUGACAAGCAAAGCGAACAUGAGCUGUUUAUAUACAUUAAGAAUGUUCCGCAGCCAAGACAAAAGACAUGGAAUGAAUUUCCUUUAAUGUCAGGGGGGGGGAAUCUAUCUAAGGCGCAAUAUCAUUGA